GUCACAAGGCCCUGCGCAGCCCAGGAGGGUGGCAGAGGCCCUGGGGGUGCACUGAGCCGCUGCGGGUGCUGGGGACAGCCCCAGGGCAGCUGCCUGAGCCCAGUGCAGGAUGGAGUUCCUGGGUACCACGCAGCUAGCCAGUUACUGUGGCCCAAAGAAGAGCUGCCUGUUCCCGGAUCUCACUCCCACCAGCACCACCAGGGACACCUAUCAGUCCUACUGCCCACCCGGCUACCGCUCCCUCAGCUCCUGGCGGCCCGGUCUGCUUUGCAAAGUGCCUUCGGUCCCUCCCAGGUCUGACAAGCAAUUUAAUCCCAUCAGGCAGCUGCCCACUGUUGUGCCUUCCUUACGCUCUGCCCUGCACGCCCGCUACAGCACUCGUGACUGGCACCAGGCAAACAGGGUUCACUUAAAAAGCUCCGAAGACUCCAGGGAAUGUGCUGGUAGACUGAACGCUGAUUCAAUGAGACUGAUGCAAGAAAAGGAUCAACUGACUUAUAAGAUGCAAAAAGACAGUAAAAGGAACCUGGGAGAGAGGAUCUCCACCAUUGAUUUCUGGAGAUCUGAGCUCAUCUACGAGCUAGAGUGUCUGCUGAAAGAGACCCAACAAUUGGAAACAACAAAGAAGCGGCUUGAUUGUGCUGCAGAUGAAGUGAAAGAACCACUGAAGGCAGCCCUAGAAUGCUUGUACCACCGUGAGAAGCGGAAAGGCAUCGACUUAGUUCAUGAUGAUGUGGAAAAGAACCUCAUGAAGGAGGUUGAUGUAUUCAAGGACUGUCAAGAAAUAUUGACAAAACUGGCACACAAUAUCAGUCAACAGCUGAGCAUCAACAGAGAUGCACAGCAUGCCCUGGAGCAGGAUCUUUGUGACAAAAACUCAGCUCAUUUUAUUGAUGAGAAGUGCUUUAAACUGAGGAACACAUCGGACAACAUCAGCUUUUACCAUGGAGUGGAAAAAGCAGAUGGGACUAUUUCAGUUCCUGCAACAUGGGCUAAAUUCAGUGAAGACAACAUCAGGGGCUCUCAACAUGCAAGGGCCAACUCUGUCAAGCUCCGAAAUGAUGCAGAGGCUGGACUGAAGAACACAUCUCAGGAGAUGUGGAAUCAUUUCAUCAGUACCAACCUGGCCUUUAAUAACCGUAUUGCUGAAGUUGCUGACGCAAAGAACAAACUCCAAGCACAACUGGGCAAGCUUCUUCAAGAAAUCUUCCAGACAGAAGAUACAAUCAUGUUACUGGAGAGAUCUAUAAAGGCAAAGGAGUACCCACUGAAAGUGGCUCAGACCUGCCUGGAGGCAAGAACUAAACGACCCAAUAUAGAACUUUGCCGAGACGCACCUCACCUUCAACUUGUCACUGAGGUUUGCACUAUGGAUGACACCUUACAGAUCUUAAAGCGACGUCUGCAAGAAGCCUAUGAUAGUCUCCAGAUGCUGAACCUUUACAAAUCAAAGCUGGAACAUGAAAUUUCUGUGAAGGCAAACUCCUUCUUUAUUGACAAGAAGUGUAUGGACAUGCACAAAGUCUUCCCCAGCACCCCACAGCUCUUUGGCUACACUUGA